GGUAGGCUAGCCUGAGAGCACGUGACUGUCUAGUGGCAGAGUGAGGAUUUAAACCGGGUCGACCAGGCCCUAUUCCGACGUCGUACACACUACACCAGGCUUUGGAUCUACACCAGGCUGGCUCCGCCUUAAAUUUGGCAGGGGGGGGCUUAUAAUUUCUACAGCACGGCCAACUCCACCUGCAGAGGCAGCAGCGCCGAAGAAGCCAGAGAGCGCGCGCGCAUCCAACCCAGGAGGAAGCGCGCGACAGCACCUCGUCGGCGCACGCGCACGUAAACCUCCCCCCAAGCCGAGGCGCGGGAGGAGUGCUCGAGAGCCCUUCCUUGGCGCAGGCGCACUGCGCUCCCCACGGGGCCGGCCUUUGCAGGCAGCCUUUAAAGAAAAAAAAACCCUCAAGAGGCUUCCACCCAACGCCUCCCCCCCGUUUCCCCCUCCUCCUCCUCCUCCACACUCCUGUCAUUUGAAAGCCUCGGCUUAGGACCAAGGUUCCAGAAGAGGGCCUUCCCCACUGUGGCUUUCUGACACCCUCUCCUUUCUAACGAUGGCAACCCCAGAUGUGAGUGUUCACAUGGAGGAGGUGGUGGUGGUGACAACUCCAGACAACGUGGUGGAUGGCAGUGGUGUGGAAGAAGUGAAAACAGUGCUUGUCACCACCAAUCUGUCCCAGCACAGCAGCGAUCUGAACGAAGACACCUUAGAGUCGGAAAAUGCAGCCGCUGCAGCGGCUGCUGCUUUUACAGCUUCCACCCAUCUGAAAGAAGCCCUUUUAGUGAAGAUGGCUGAAGGAGACGACUGUGUGGAAGCUGAGAUUGUUUACCCCAUCACCUGUGGAGACAGCAAAGCCAAUCUGAUAUGGCGGAAGUUUGUCUGUCCCGGCAUUAAUGUGAAAUGUGUCCAGUAUGACAACCACCUGAUAAGUCCCAAGGAAUUUGUGCAUUUGGCUGGCAAAUCCACCCUGAAGGACUGGAAAAGGGCGAUCCGGAUGAAUGGGAUCAUGCUAAGGAAGAUCAUGGAUUCAGGUGAGCUUGAUUUCUACGAACACACAAAGGUGUGCUCCAACACCUGCCGAAGCACCAAAAUAGACUUGACUGGAGCCAGAGUCUCUCUAACCAGCCAGACUUCAACCGAGUACAUUCCUCUCACCCCUGCCUCCACAGACGUAAAUGGAUCGCCUGCCACGAUCACCAUAGAAACUUGUGAUGACUCCACCGAUUGGACCACUAGUAUAGGAGAUGACACUUUUACAUUCUGGCGGGGUUUAAAGGAAGCAGGCCUCCUUGAGGAAGUGAUCCGGGAUUUCCGUCUGGAGCUCAUGGAGACUAUGAAGGGCCUACAGCAGAGGGUUCAGGACCCCCCUUUGCAGCUGAACGAUGCUGUCUUACUCAACAAUACGGUCCAGAACUUUGGCAUGUUAGAUCUGGUGAAGAAAGUUUUGGCAAGCCACAAAUGCCAAAUGGACCGUUCCAGAGAGCAAUAUACCCGAGACUUAGCAGCUCUGGAGCAGCAGUGCGAUGAGCACCGGAAGAGAGCGAAGGAGCUGAAACACAAAUCGCAGCAUCUCAACAACGUCCUCAUGACCUUGACGCCGGUCUCCAUUCCAUCCCCGGUGAAGCGUCCCAGGCUGACGAGAGCUACGUCGGGGCCCCCCGCUAUCACCUCUCAGGUCCUGACUCAGUCCGCUCAGAUUGCCCUGGCUCCAGGAAUGCCUGUCACUCAGCUUGCCAAUCUGCCUAUCGGCAAAGUGGUCUCUGCCCUCCCAGCAUCUACGCUGGGGAAGACCACAACCCAAGUGACUUCUACGAACUCUCCAGUCUCUCCGUUGCUCGGUGGCUACACCGUCCUGGCAUCCGCCAGUUCCGCGUUCCCCAAUGCGGUUGAGAUCCACCCAGAUGCCUCCAACCUCACGGUCUUGAGCACGGCGGCCAUACAAGACGGCAGCACCGUGGUGAAAGUAGUCAGCCCUUUCCAGCUGCUCACCCUCCCGGGACUGGGUACGACCAUCCAGAACGUGACACAGAUGGCUCCCAGCGGGAGCACGAUUGUGACUGUGCCAUCCAAUGUUGUCGAGGGCACUACGGCCACAGAAGAACACACAACCAUUGAGGUGACCACAGUAGCAGAUGAGCUGGAGCAGAAGUGAAACGGGGACUUGGGGGGUCCACUUUCUGGGGGGUGCUCUCUGGGCUUGCUGGCACAGCUGUGCCUCUGCACAGAGAAGAGGGAGAGCACUGGGAACAGAGCGGGAGAACCAGAUUGGCUAACGGGAAAAUAGGGAGAUUGGAAUCGCAGGAGAGGGGGCUUUGGGGAACACCACGGAAAAGACAGAGGGGAACAAACCACUGUUCCACAGGAACCAUUUAGAGCCCUUCCACCCCUUCUCAUUAGCACUGCCCAUCCCUAGCCACCUCAGCUGGAAUACAAGAUUUUGUAGCAUGUGUUGGGCAGGCCAGAAGAAGCUUCAGAGAAAUAUAUGAGGAGUGUGAAACGACGGGGCAGCUAGCUGGUGUAGCUCCAGAAACUGCCACACAGGCAGCCAGAACUGUAUGGCCUGGGUUCAGAUGUGGGUUUUGGGAUGCCAGGUGCUUAUUCUUGUGUUACGUGGGCAGUAAGCUGAUUCCCAGUGGUGUCUCAGAAGAGAUUAGAAGAGCAGUGCUCCAGAAGGUGGCCCUCGACAGAAUGGUGAGUAUGAAAGCUCAAGAACGAUCGUUCAUUUGGCAGAGGAGGGGCAAAGCAGGCAGGGAGUUCACCAGUGAACUUUGGAUCUCUGGUUGCUGAAUGCCGACCUGUUGAUAUAACCCACGGUGACAUCUUCUCAUUGUGAUAAACUCAUGGCUUUAUGCUUCAAGUGUUCAGGAGGGUGGGUUGCACGCAAGGCUGGCCGAAAUCUGUUAGCAGAGAAAAGCUCAUACCUGUGUAGGCUCGAGGGCCUCUGUCUUCAUUAAUGCUGAACGUCCAAUGCCCAAGCUCCUUCCAUGGUGGAGGGGCGCCAGGUCUACCUCCCCACAUGCUCUUAUCUACCAUAGCUGGUGAACCUUGUCCGCUGAGCUCUAGGGUGCCACGUGUUUGAAAAGGAGAAAUUUGGUGGAAAGGAUUUCAUACAUAAAGGGAGUCUGAAGUGCAACUCCUGAGCUUUCUGUGGGAUUGUUCAGCUGGCUUUUGAGGUAUUGGAGACCGACAAUUAAAACCAAAACAAAGGGAUGCUUGAAAUGGUGACAUCUGACGGCGUCACAGGCUGCAAGCUCUGGGUUCUUGCAGUGCGUGUUUGUCAAUAGCAGUGAAAGCAGUUCUCUUUGUUUAACCUAUUAAAAUGUUUUUGGAAAACGUUA